AACGUGGGAAUACCCAGUAUUUAACGAAUGAAUUACAGACGAACGUAUAACGACGCGAAAAGGUGAAAUCAAAGAAGUGUAAUGUCGGCACCGAAAGCGAAUAUAACGAUGAAUUCUUAAUAAUAAUCUUGUCUAUACAGCAACUUUUUGUGCCUAGGAUUAUGCACCCUGCGGGGAAGCACUAGAAACUGCUUCACUCUGUCCCUCGUUUGACCAACCGAGACAGCAAACUAGAACAUGGAGCUGACACUUGGAAACUGCCGACACGUGGCAUCCUACAGCAUCCCCCCACUCGCCACGUGGCUAGACACCCGUCGCGUGCCAUGUCCCCACUAUAUUUUACCGCCUUUUGUGCACGCUUUAAAAUCCCCCUGCACCCAAAAUUCUCUUCCUCGGCAAACGUCUCCAAAACUAGAAGAAAACUUGCAUAAACCUGUGAACUCGGUGGUGGUUUUGUGGCGUACAUUCAUGGCUUCAAGGAGACCCUUUUGGCUCUUUGUGAUGGCCGUUGCGAUGGCAUUGGCGGUUCUCGCCCCCGGGUGUGGUGGCUCCGGGGUUGGGCACAUGCCCUCAAAGAAGGAAGAAGGCGAGGACUUUGAGGAAUUCAAGGUGAAGACGGGGCAAGCAGGCGAGAAGGCGGCAGAUGCUGGGAAAGAGGCGAAGGAGGCCUCGGAGUCGUGGGCCGAGUGGGCGAAGGAGAAGAUCUCAGAAGGACUAGGGUUCAAGCAGGACGAGGCCACAGAGAGCACUGCGAGAAGAACCUCCGAUAAGGCUGCUGAUACUGCUAAGACCGCCAAAGACAAGGUCCAGGACAUGGCCUCUGGAGCUGGUCGCUAUGCAGCAGAGAAGGCCAGCAACGUGAAGAACACAGCAUCCGAGAAAGCCGAGGAAGCCAAGAGAGCCACGGCUGAGAAGUCAAGCGAGCUGAAGGACGCGGCUGCCAAGAAGGCUGAGCAAGUCAAGGACGCAGCUGCCGAGAAGGCUGAUCAAGUUAAGGAUGCGGCCAAGGAAAAGGCUGAGAACAUUAAGAACACGGCAACUACCACAGCCCAAGAAGCAAAGGAAAAGGCUGAGUCUGCUGCCAAAACAGCGGCAGAGAAGGCAAAAGAGUCGAAGGAGAAGGCGGCAGGCAAGGCAGAAGAGUCGAAGCAGAAGGCGGCACAGAAAAGUGAGCAGGCAACGCAGAAGGCAGCUGAGACAACAGAGCAAGCGAAGCAGAAGGCAUCGCAGGCAAAGCAGAAGGCAGCCGAGACAACAGAGCAAGCGAAGCAGAAGGCGUCUGAAACAGCAGAACAAGCGAGGGAGAAGGCUGCAGAGACUGGGAAAAGGGCAUCGGAGGAGGGGAAGAGGAAGCAAGAGGAGGCCGAGGAGCACUUGAGCUGGGGCAAAGAGAAGGCCAAGGAAGGCUAUGAAGCAGUCAAGGCCAAAGCCGGCGAGACGCUCGAAGCUGCGAAGCACAAGUCCCAGGAAAUCAAGGACAAUUUGGCCGGCAAAGGCCGCGACGCGGAGGAGCUUUGAGAGAGAUGGAUCAGGCAGCUUCUGUGAUGAUAUUUUGGGUUCUUUUCUAUUAAGAGUUUUAAGGGCUCCUUGAGUUUUGUGCAGGUUGAUGUGUUUACCAAGGAUGUCUCUGUUUUCUUGUAUACUUUCUGAUGUUCAAUAAUACGAGAACC